CUGAAACGCACAGGAAAGCGUGGGAGGUGUGCUGCUGCUUUACACUCAAGUAGUUAGAGUUGUUGUUAGAGUGGUAUAGGAUACAAUCAGAUCUGCGAUCAUUUGUAUUGGGAGAGGAUUUCUAUGCAAAGUUAGUGUCUUACGGGACUAUUGCUACGGGCCAUACUGCUGCAGAGCAGGUUCCUAGCCGCUGCUAAGUGGGAAAUUUGCAGGAGUGAAAUGCCUCCAUCCAGACAUAAAACCAGGAUGGGUAGAUCAGCAUCAACUAGCGGAAGGAGGAAACCACCAAAGGAGGUCUUUCCAAAAAAGAAAGAACAUGUGCUCCAGUCCUCACUGUAUCACUCCUUUACAUCACAAGAGACUGAGGCAAUCAGAGAGAGACUCCUUGCUUGGUAUGACAAGUGCAAAAGAGAUUUGCCAUGGAGGACAACGGCUAGCACAGAACCUGAUUUGGAUCGAAAGGCUUAUGCAGUGUGGGUUUCAGAGGUGAUGCUUCAACAGACCCAGGUUGCUACUGUAAUUAAUUACUACAACAAAUGGAUGAAGGUAUGGCCAACAGUUGAGGAUCUUGCUCGUGCAUCUCUAGAGGAAGUUAAUGAGAUGUGGUCAGGCUUGGGUUAUUAUUCCCGUGGAAGAAGAUUACAGGAAGGAGCAAAGAAGGUUGGCAUACAUGGCGAUUUACAAGUUGUUUCUGAAUUGGGAGGAUCGAUGCCUCGGAGCGCUGAUGAGCUACAGAAGCUCUUGCCUGGAGUGGGUAGAUACACAGCAGGGGCUAUAGCAUCUAUUUCCUAUGAGCAGGUUACUGGUGUCGUAGAUGGAAAUGUGAUAAGGGUACUGAGCCGAAUGCGAUGCAUUGGAGCAGAUUCCAGCACCCCUGCAGUCUCUGACAAACUUUGGGACCUGGCAAAUGCCCUUGUGGAUCCAGAGAGACCAGGAGAUUUCAACCAGGGUAUGAUGGAGCUGGGUGCAACUGUGUGCACCCCCAAAAAGCCUCUGUGUACUGAGUGCCCAUUGCAAGGACAAUGUAAAGCAUUCUUAAAGGUGAAUGCAGAAAAAGAGCACGCUGUCAAAACUCUUAUUAAAAAACAAGCUGUCCUCAAUGCUGAAGAUGUAGGUGACAUAGAGGAAUGUGAUCUUGGACCUGGUUCAUGUGCCUUAUGUGUUCCCUCUUCUGAUCCAUGGGACAGCUCCCUGGGAGUGGCAAACUUUCCUCGUAAAUCUGCAAAGAAGCCUUCACGGGUGGAGCAAACUGCAACAUGUGUGUGGGAAAAGUGUGGAGACCGCGGGGAACUGGAAUAUUUGAUAGUUCAGCGACCCAGUUCAGGGCUUCUAGCUGGGAUGUGGGAAUUUCCCAGCAUUCUUUUACACAAUGAUCUUACUGAGAAGGAUCAAAAGCAUUCUUUGUUAAAGCUGCUUCAAGACUUGUCAGGUCACUCUGUCCCUUUGAAAAAGCUACAGUAUAAAGGGGAGGUGGUUCACAUAUUCUCCCAUAUUCACCAGACAUAUAUGGUGUAUUUUCUGUCAAAAAGCACAACUGAAAACUUUUCUGUGAAAAUAGAGGAAACAGAGCAUCCUCAGACACGCUGGGUCACCAAGGAACAGUUUCUGAAUUCAGCUAUACCCACUGCCAUGAAAAAGAUUAUGAAGCUGUGUGAGAGUCCCAAUUCUAGCUGUACUGCUGUUAACAGGUCUAAGAAACGGAAAGGUGAUAUAGUUGUCCAGCUACCAUCUGCAAGAAUUAAGAGUGAAAUGGGAAAACAGCAGUCUAUACAGAGUUUUUUCAAGCUAGCCACAAAAAAGUGAACAGAGGCCAGAAACAGCUGUACCACAGUACCCUAAUGUAUAAGCACAUUACAUUUUACAUUUGCUAAUUCUACACGUUCUAUUGUCCAUCAAGAUGUCAUUUCCUGAACUCUUUCACAAUGGCACAAAUUUCAGGCACUACUUGCAGUUUGUUAGCUAGAAUGCAGCUAGAAAUCCCACCUCACCAUUGCCUGCUAUAACCAUCAUCUGCAACUGCUGCGUCCCUAGCUACUAAAAGCAGGGCAGGCAAAGUGCCCAAAAUAGCCCUGUUUGAUUCUUCUAGCAUAACCCAUGAUUUAUCCUUUCCCUUCCAGUUACUGUUGAUCUUACCAGCCAACAAAUGGCUAAAAAUGAAAAAAGAACCCAGACACUUGGAAUCGACUGUACUUGUCAGGUACUUGACAGUUGGUGCCUAAAUUUUACCAUUUACCGGAGGUUAAGUAGUUAAAAGAGUGAAAUGUUAAGCUUUUGCAUGUAAGAUGCAUAUUUAUAAAGCUGUGUAAAAAUGUAGCAAAAGAAUAUAGCUAAUAUCUAGGGCUGUAUUUCUAUAUAGGCACCGAGGGUCCGUUCAUUGGGCAGCAGCUUUAAGUGAGGGAGGGAAUUUAGUGCAAAUGAGUAGUACUAGUAAUUAGUGAUGUGUGGGUCGAGAAAACCUCGACCUGGCCCACCUUCCUCCUUCCAUUUAUAGACCCACCUGCCCCUUUUGUGACAUUUCGGUGUGGGUGGGGUAGGCGUGAGCCUAUAAAACAGGAAGUCUGAAGCCAGCAGUCUAAGGUCGUGGGCAGGGAGAGCAGGCAGAAGUUUCGGGCAUGCUUGAGAAAGGGGCGUGGCCCCGAAACGUUGCACUUCUGCACUACGAAUAAAGCAAGGUUUUAUCCUGCAUAACCAAGCCUUGUGUGCCGGUAAAUUUGUUUUUAUUGAACUAAAGAUGCCAGCAGGUGAUCUUAAGAGGCAAUUCUGCAACAGAUGGGAAGAUUGCCUGUCAAUUCUCAAAUCCCCAGAAAUGCUGUGCAUAAUAUAGAUGUGUGUUUAUCAGAACAUAAGUAUAGUUCAUAUUUGGGAAACUGAGGCAAAUAUUUUAUGCAAUGUACUCUCACAGGACAAUACAGAGUGAACUAGCUCUCCUAGACAGACCUUGUUAGAAUUGUAAUUAGUGAUGGGUGAAUCUGACACUUUUCGUUUCACCGAAGAUUCACGAAUGAACACAAUGUUUUUGCUAUACAUUAGUUGGUGUUUUCUCGUGGCAAAAUAUUUAGCUCAUCCCUAAUUGUAAUAAAUUGCCUUUUAUUCCAUGUGUUGUUGUCAGACUUUUGUAGAUUGAAUACAGGAAAAAAGUCAUAUUUUUAUACUUUUGUAUGUGAAAUAAAAUUUUAUAUUUGAAAGAA